AUGGAGGAACCGCAUGCUUAUCGAGGAAGUUGCUCCGCUGAAGCGGAAUUUUUCUUCAAAGCCUUGCAACGUGAAGUGAACCUGGCGGAUCGCCCCGACGCUCGUUCAGGAUUUGCACUCACCGCCCACAAAAAGCGAUGUAUAAGACAGGUUCUGGAUCACCGGGGCUUUCAUGCUGCAUUUCAUAGAUUGUCGCGCAUUCCCGGAAUGUGGCCGGGACUUGUGGUAGGAACCCUGCACAAACUCAUCAGCCUGAGAUGCGACGAGGAAUUACUGAGUUACCUCCACUUCAUCUAUGAUACUUGGCUGCAACUCGCCGGGGGCAACGAAAGUGAAUUAGAGAAGAUCGACUGGAUUACUGUCGAAGCUGUUCAGCUUAGGUGUCCGAGAUUUUCUGCGUCAGAUGAGCGAGCGCUCCGUGGCGUCAUUCUCAAAGGCGACAUCUUCGCCAGUUUCGGCCAUGCCGAGCGGCAAGCAGUAUUUGCGACGCUGUGCUCGUGCGAUUUCCCAUUCCCAUCUCUGUCAACCUUUUUCAAAGAUUUCGGAUAUCUCGAACGGUGCGGCAAUAGCAUGAAGCAUCUAGUCCCUAUGAAGAGAAGGGGCCCGACUGUUCGGAGGAUGCUUCUUCAGAGCUUCAAGCCACUGUCCCUGCCAGCACAGUCAGCACAGCUGCCCCUGGAUGAAUUCGAUAACCUUGAGGCUCGGUUUCAACUUGCCAUGAGGCGUCUAUGGCUAUUCACGAUGAGGGAAUUUCACUCGAUUUGUACCGACCCUAGCCUCUGA